AUGUAUGUUAAUUGUCAGUGGAUCUCGACCAUCCUUUCAACUUCCGAUCGUAAAAUGCAAAAAAAUAUCUCCGAGGCGCGCGGAUUUAUUCUCCGAGCCGGAUCACUGUGUCAUCUCCCUCAUCAGGGCAUUCGUUAUAUAAAGGAUCGCACUCGUUUCGGAUGCGCUUUGCGGGACAUCAUGACCGCAUUGAUACCCCUACUUGCACUAUUAUUUUGCAUUAUUGCUGUUACAUUAUGCUUUCACUGCAAAAUGGAAGUCAAAGUGACCUCAAAUACUGAGAAGAAGUUCAAAGCUGUAGUAACUGUGCCUGCUCUAGGCAUUCGUUCACAGCCAAUGAUUUUCAAGGGAAAAACCACCAAAAAGAUCAAGGUGGAUGGCGAAGAUUGUGGAGCAAAACCUUGGAUUAUCAAGACAUACCAAUGGAAAAACGACCAUUGGAAAGCUGCCAAAAAUAUGACUGCCAAAUUAGCAGGAGAUGGUUUUAUAAGAUUCAAAGUUGGAGACGAUCUCAUGCCACGCGCCGGUGACAGGCUUGGCAUAAUGUGCUCAGAAGGAAGCUGUGGAUAA